UUUAUCACAACUCGUUUCUCCGUGAGCGAUAAGAGAAGUUAAUCAAGUUUUGCAUUUGUUGCUUUUUUCUGUCGUUUUGUCUAAUUAACAAGCUAUCGCGAUGAAGAACUCUGACAUCGAAAACAAAUCUCUUCUGCAACCUACAAUGCUGACUAAACUCAUUGUGACGGUCUUUAUCGGCGUUUCUGUGUCAAUACUAACUCAGGGACAGGGUAACAUUUCCACCCUCAAGUGCUACACGUGCAACUCUGAGGACGAUCCAGGAUGUUUCGAGAGUGUCGCUGGUCAGAGGAUCAUGGAUUGUGGUCUGGUCAUUGCUGAUCUGAGUUCCUUCGACUUCCGUUGCAUGACAAUCAAGGGAGUGAAAGGAAAUGAGAAGAUUGCAGUGAGACGAUGCUCAACACGGAACGAGUGCAAUUUCCAACUCAGGCCUGACAAAUCCUUCGAAUGGGGCGCCGCGAUUUUCCCGGACGCCACUUGCGACGAGUGUGUCGGUGAUUUUUGUAACGAUAAAUAAAACAAGUUCUCAACAUAACGUUUUCCUCAACAAAUAAAGACGUAACAGAAGCAAAAAGGUGUUGAAUAAAAUCUUGACAAUA